AAUGCGCAUCGUGCUACUGUGUAGUGUCAGGGUCCACUAACUCCAGCCUGGCGGUGUCGUUGUCGUCUCUGUGCACUCCCGGUUAGGUGACUGUCUCAACCUUCUUAUAGAACACGGAAAGGGACGGGUUUUACCGAAUGAGUCUGAAGGCUGUAAUGGUGUUGCAUUGUGUUGGGGGAUUAGCUCUGCACACCACUGUUUGUCUAUACCAACUCCGUCCCACACCCGUCUAACUUCGUUCAACACCCGUCUAACUCCGUGUACCACCGUCUAACUUCGUUCAGUAUACAGCAGUGUGUUGCUGUUGUGUGGCAAGGUCAACUUUGUGCAGUGUUUUACUGAGGCCUUCUUUGCCGCUGCACAUUAGACCUGUGUUUGUGUGGCGUUCUGAUCUCGGAGAAGAUACCUGAAAUAUGGGAGGUCUAUACAGUUAUUUGUUCGGCAGACAAGAAGGGAGAUGUGAAUCCAGACACCAAACUGUCACCGUGACAGGGGUGGGCGGAGAAGACACUGAAGCAAAUACGGUGUACGCCACAGGAAUUCACAAUGAAACCAUCAUCAACCCAGACACGGAGGCAGCUUUAGAAGAGAAGCUCAGCACUUUAGGAAACAAAAUACAGAACCAUCAACGCCAACUGAAUGAAAGGGAUUCACAGAUAAAGAAACUGGAAAAUGACAUCACCCAGCAGCAAGAUAAGGCAAAAUCGAAGGACACGGAAAACAUCCAAGAUCAGAUUGGUCAACUGCAUGAAAAAGUCAAUAUGCACAGAUCUGAAAUCGCAAGGUUGGAGAACGAAGUGUUACCAGACCUAAUGGCCCAGGGAGACGAAGCCAAAGAGCAGCUUGAAAAGCAUGAACAAAAUGCCCAAGGUAAAAUGGAGGAAGUUGCAGUCCUGAAUGAAAAGAUGCAGAAACUGGCAGACAAACUAGAAGCGUGUGGCAGAGACGUCGCACGUAAACGUGCGAAAGUAGAAGAUCUAUGCAGGGAGAUUGGGAAGUUGGAAGAAGACUUCAAGAAAAUAAAAUCAGAUCAAAAGACACAAAGGACAGUUGUUCAAGAAAUGACGACUGAAAUGAAGACUAUUAAAGCUGCACAAGCGAAACAAACGAAAGAAACUCAAAACCUGCCAGAUGAAAUGAGGGAGCAACGUAAACUGAACCAACAAAUGGAGAAACAGCAUGAUGAAAAGUUGAGGAAAGUAAAAGACCAGCUGAAAGAAGAAAAGAUGGCAAGGGAAGCAGCAGAGAGAAAGAUAAAGAAACAAAAAAGCGUGAUGCGGGCCAUAUGAAAACCAGCCAAGUGACACAGAAAGACUCCAACUCCCGCCAUGUCGCCGCCCUCCUUGCUGCCUGCCGUGAUGGGGAACAUGGCCGAGGUGAAGCGUGUCC